AUGCCUGACCUUGGCCCCUGGGGAACCCAUGUCAGUGGAGCCGAGGUACCUGCCUUGGGCUUCAAAGUAGCAGCUGUCCCUCCCGCAGGCAUGCCUCCUCCAGGGCCUCGUCCCGUCAGGAGGGGCAGGUUUUGGGAACCAUCACAGACACAGAACCUCGUGGUUCCGGACAGUGACAAACUUGAAGAUCUUGAAGAAGCCAAUCCAUUCUCCUUCAAAGAGUUUUUGAAAACCAAGAACCUCAGCCUGUCAAAAGAAGAUACGACCACCAGCCGAAUUUACCUGAAGGAAGCCUCAAGGCACCCACUGGGACUAAACCACAGCUCCCCUGCCUCCCAACCCAUGGGAUAUGGCUUGGAAUAUCAGCAGCCAUUUUUUGAAGACCCAACAAAAGCCAGCAACCUAGAGGAGGAUGAAGAAGAUGGAUGGAAUAGAGCCUACCUGCCAUCUGCUGUGGAGCAGACUCAUUCCUCUAGAGCCACACAGAACUCAUCACCCUGUGGCACCUACCUUUCCUUUUUUUCUAACACAUCAGAGCUGGCAGGUCCUGAGUCUUUGCCCCCAUGGACGCUGAGUGAUGCUGACUCCAGGAUCUCCCCAGCAAAUCCAGCUGGGAGUCCUAACGCAGACUUUUCGGCUCAUGAAGAAUCCCUAGGGGACAGACACCUGCGGACAUUGCAGAUAAGUUAUGAAGCACUGAAAGAUGAAAACUCUAAGCUCAGAAGAAAGCUAAAUGAGGUUCAGAGCUUCUCUGAAACUCAAACAGAAAUGGUGAGGAUGCUCGAAUGGAAGUUGGAGGCGAAGAUGAUCAAGGAGGAGAGUGACAUCCACGACCUUGAGUCAGUAGUCCAGCAAGUCGAACAGAACCUCGAACUGAUGACCAAACGGGCUGUAAAAGCAGAAAAUCAUGUCUUGAAGCUGAAACAGGAAAUAAAUUUGCUUCAGGCACAGCUCUCAAACUACAGGCGAGAAAAUGAAGCCCUGCGGUCAGGCCAGGGUGCCAGCCUUACCGUGGUGAAACAGAACACUGAUGUGGCCUUGCAGAACCUCCAUGUUGUCAUGAACAGUGCACAUUCAUCCAUAAAGCAACUGGUGUCUGGAGCAGAGACACUGAACCUUGUUGCUGAAAUCCUCAAGUCUAUCGACAGAAUUACUGAAGUUAAAGAUGAAGCAGACUCUUGAGAAGCUCUG